UCUUCCUUUCUUUCUUACUCUCAGUAACUGACUGCUAAGAGAAUAUCUUCUUCUUCUUCCCAUCUCUUUCGAGCUCCAUCGAUUCUUGCGGAAGCUUUCUUCUUCCGUUUAAGGGUUUGCAAUGGUGCGCGAGAGCUCUGUUUCUCUGUGGUCACCUCAAGACUUGUUGAGGGAUAAAGUUCGGCUCGUUAAAAGAAAAGACUCUGCAGGAAGAUACGAGAUAGUUCCCAUCGAUGAUCCGUUGACUUUUGAGAAAGGUUUCUGCGCUUUCGUCCGUGCGUGCCAGCUACUCUCCCAGAAGAACGAUGGACUCAUCUUGGUUGGUUUGGCUGGUCUUUCCGGAGCUGGAAAAUCUGUCUUCACUGAGAAAAUUUCCAACUUCUUGCGUAGUAUUGCUAUCAUCAACAUGGACAGCUACAUUGAUGGUGCUCGUGCCACCGGUAGAGACUUUGAUGACAAACGGUUGACAGAUUAUGAUAAACUUCUUGACAACAUACACGGCCUAAAGGAUGGACAAUCUGUUCAGGUUCCUAUAUAUGACUUCAAGUCGAACUCGCGAAUUGGUUACAGAACGGUUGAGGUGCCUAGCUCCCGCAUUGUUAUCCUUGAAGGCAUAUACGCUUUGAGCGAGAAGCUACGUCCUUUCCUCGAUCUUCGUGUCUCCGUCACUGGUGGAGUGUCUUCCAAUCUUGUCAAGCGUGUUUUGGGAGACAUUCAACGUCCUGGCCAGGAUUCUCAAGAGACAGUUCGUCGAAUAUUCGAGACGGUUUAUCCCACGUACGAGGCGCUUAUUGAACCUGACCUGAAGACAGCUCAUAUUAACAUCGAAAACAAUUUUGACCCCUCUGGCUUUCAGAACCCAACAUAUAUUCUAAAGUCAACGAAGGCGUUAACACCAGAACAAAUGAAGGCAGUUCUGUCUGAAGACUUCAAAGAACGUACAGAAGAAACUCGUGACAUCUAUCUGCUACCACCAGGCGAGGAUCCUAAAACAUGUCAAUCAUUCCUCAGAAUGAGGAACCGGGAUGGAAGAUACUAUCUCACGUUUGAGGAGUCGUUUACAGAUUGUUCGUUAGUUAUAUCUCCCGGAAUAACUUUCCAAGUCAACGUUCGCCUUCUCGGAGGAUUAAUGGCAUUGGGUUAUACCCUUGCAGCAAUCUCGGAAAGAACAAGUCAUAUCUUUGAUGAUGACAAGGUUACUGUGAAGAGUGAUCGUUUUAAACAACUGAACCGGACACAUGUUCAGGUGCGAGGUAGAGACCGUACAUACGUUGAAAACGUGGCUAACCAACUCGGACUGGAAGCUUCUUCAUAUGUUCCACAUACAUAUAUUGAACUGAUGCAGCUGGAGAAGCGUGUGAAAAAAGUUAUGGCUUUGCCAGAUGACUUGAAGACAAAAGUUAGCUUAAUUCCUUCUCAAGGAGCCCUUCCAAGACUAAGAGCUUCUGCUGAUAGUAGAGCACCUGCAGCCACGCUUCCAAAUCAGGGUGUUAUCACUCGGCUCAUAUACCAAAUAUCAACAGUGAAUGAGAGGAUGGAUGAGUGCACAUACCAUCUUGAAGAGUUGAAUUCCAGUAUCCCGAACAGGAGAGCUGCUGCUGCUGCUGCUGCUUCUGGGUCCCUCUUGUCUGCUCUCAUGGAAGAGGUUGAACUUGUUACUGGAAGACAACAUGAGAUAACGCUUCAAAUGGACAUACUGACCAAACUUGUUCACGAGCAUCUUGUACUUGUAGAAAGGUCACGCACAGAGAGAGUAGUCAGCGACAGAGCCAACAGCACAACGCAGAACCUCGGGCCUUCCACUGUACCUGUUCUUCUUGCUGUGGCCAUUGGCUGGAUCGGCAUUCUUGCAUACAGUCUCAAAUAGUUGCUGUAACAGCUAGUGUUAACUCACUGCUGAAACUCAGGGUCCGUGAAAAAAAUAGUGGAUAAUGAUGAUGUAAAUAACAGAGUUUGUGUGAUACACACUGGAUAGUCUUGACGAUGUAUAUAGCAUGUUCCAAGAAUAAGAGACUGAUUCGUUUA